ACAGAUUCCCCUGAACGCAUCACGACUGUGUUGACAAACUGUCUGAAGUUCGUAGUUUCCGUUUUUUAAAGCGAUUUAUUUCACAGUUUUAUUUAAAUCCUGUAACCGAGUAUCGCUUUUUUCCCGCCGUCAACGGUUUUAUUUCCGCCGCUGUGCUUUAAUUUUCACAGAAAUCUCUGCUGUUAACAGGGGUGUUAGCCGUUAGCUCUGUUAGCUCCGGAGCUAACACAGCUAACAGACUUAGCAUCAUGUUUUGUUCUGUGGCGAAGCUUCUGGGUUUGUUCCUCUGUGCUGCAGCAGCAACAGCUGGGCACGAACACGGUCCAGACGUCACCACGGUGGUCGUAAAAGAAUGGGAUGAUGUCGUCUUGCCCUGUUCAGCUGGCACCGAGGAGAACCUCGAACAGGGGCAGUUUUACUGGAUUAAAGACGAUAAAACGUUGGUUUUCCGGCACGGCGUCGAUGUUGAGCACAACAACAGCCGUCCAGGUGAGGAUGAGCCGUUCAAAGGACGGAUGUCACAUUUUCCGGAUCAGCUCAAGUUCGGUAACGCCUCCUUAUUGAUCGAAUUCACACCGCUUGAAAACGCCGGAAACUACACCUGCUAUAUUCCACAUCUUCUUGUGGAACGAUUCACCGUCAGGCUGGUGGUUGAACCAAUACUCAGAGAUCGAUCACUGGAAAUCCCAGAUGCUCUCGUGAAGCCUUUUGCCAGGAUCCUUGACAACAGCGUGGACGGGGUUCUGCUGAGGUGUGAGGUUCACGGUGCCGUGAUAAAGCCGACGUUGAAGUGGCUGGACGCUGACAGAAACGUCAUGCCCACUGUGGACCUAGACGUCUAUGAACGAGGAGGACGCUACUUCGUCUUCCUCCUCACCGCCGUGAACAUGACCAUCGACAACUACUACCGCUGUGAGGCCACACAGGAGGAGAUCAGCCACGAGGUUUACGACGACGUCUCGGUUCCAGAGCAGAUGUUUGAGUCCUGCCCAGAGUUCUACGUCUGGAUCGCCGUGUGGUUCUCUGGAGUUCUGAGUCUCGCUGCGGUUCUCGGUCUGGUUGCUUGUGGAAAGUGCAUCAGAAAACGCAUCAAGAAAGGUACGUUUAGAUAAUGAGUUCGACAUAUUUGUAGUAGCGUAACCGAUACUUUGAUCGUGGCAAGAUGGACGUCGAUCAAGGUCGUUUUUCUAUUUUUUAACUGAUCGGUGUCGG